AUGGCGCAAGAGACUCAACCCAUAGCCUCCAUCCUCCUUCACAGCACAUUCGUUCAGUUGCUGGAAAUCGAUGGCAGAUUCGAGGGCGCAGUCUUCGACAAGGGAUCGUCCGGGGAUAUCGCGGUAGUCACGGCUCAGGCACAUAAUAAAACCCAGAUUUAUCUUAGGGUCGGGGUAAAGCUCGCGGGCGCAAAGUUCAAUGAUAUUGCCCAUGCAUUCCGAAGGGCCGUGCAUGCAGUCGACGCCAUCGUUGGCGGUUGGCCUGAAGGACCUACGCAUUAG